GCCUGAGGGAGCCGAGAUGGAGGUUGAGGAGAAAGAACGAGUCCAGAAGGAGGGCGAUUCUGUGAUAACUGAUUUUCACGGUUCCGAAGAGGAGAGAAUGGAGUUUCUAGGCAGACGCAGCACCAGAUCCCAUGACUCUCUGGCUUUCUCACUGGACAGUUCAAUCUCCGACCUGGAGGAUCCACGGGGUGCGCCCGAGCCUUCCUUCCUAGGCGGAUUUUUCAGGGAGUUCGAGAGUUUGCCCUCACUAAGCGACAUAUCCGAGAACAGCACCACGGUCGAGUCCGAGACUCGUCCGUCCGUCGCCCCACCACUACCUGUGCGAAUUUCUGUGGACCCCGGGAGAUUCGUGCAGUCCGUGGACCGCUUCUCGGUCUCAUCUACCUCUGGGAGGACUCUUAGUGAAUCGUCGUCGUCUGUGUUCGGGUUGAUCGCCGAAGAGGAAGAAGAACCAGAAGAACUGUCGCAAAGCUCAUUCCUGGGCAGCUUGAUUGAGGAACCGGAGACAGUUCGCAAGGAGGUGAUCAUACAAGAUGACGCCGAUAUGAUGGCCCAGAUAUACGUCGAAUCGGAGAGCGAUGAUGAUGGCAAAGAUGUGGUGGAUCCCAAGCUAGCCCAGCAGAUCCAAGUGUCUAAGAUGAUGAGCGAUUUCCUCGAGAGCCUGAUCAAUCGGGCCGUGCAAAUUGCAGAGAUUGGGGCCAGAGCGAAGCUGUUCGAUAAGGGUAAAAUGUUAGUAGAGAUAGAGCGUCUAGUGCACCUGUUCAUCGUGGAGAGGUCAACCAAUAACAUCCUAAACAACAAAAUGGGGGAGCACUGCAAGCGCAACCGAAAGCCGGACAAGUUCGCCACGCUGCCACCGGCUGUGGAGACUAUCGAACACCGCCGAUAUGUGGGCGCCCUGAACGUAGUCGAUACCCUGAUGGAGCGUUCGACGAUUAUCAAGAAGAAUGGCAGUUUCGUGAUUUCGCGCGCCCAACUGGAGUUGCACUUCUGCAAUACCUUGUCGAAGUUCGUGACGGAGAAUCUGGAGACCUGCAUGCGCAAGAAUCUGCUUCGCCAGGACUCGGACAAGCUGCGUCGUCUCUCGCUACGAACUCAAUCUGAAUCUACGCUCGCUGGCCGUCAUUACGGAGAAAAUACUAGUGGAAAGAAUUACAGACGAUUUGACGACAUCUGAAGUCCAAAGUGCCACUGACAAUAUAAUACAUUUGGAGAAACGACUCGAGGAUCGCGCCAAAGAAGUGUUGGCCAUGCAAGCAAAUUACAAAAAGUUCCUGAUCGAAAAAACAUGCAUCCGCGAGAAGCGCACCAUGAUCGCUG